GGUCAGACCUGCUGAAGCUACAGCUACACAAAGUGUGACAGAAUGCAAAAAAUAUCCUGGCUGUUGUUGUGGCACCCUCAUUCCAUGGAAAUGAAAGAAAAAAACCAGGAGGUCACAGAAGGCAAAGAUCAUAAGAAGAAAAGCAAGGUUUUGGGUGCAGAACUGAAAAACUAUGUGCUGUCUCUUGUGCCACACAUAGAAUCAACUGACAUCAAAUAUUCUACUUCCAAAGAUUUAAUAUUCCCUGCCGAAGAAGUUAUACAGUGGUCCCAGUCUCUGGAAAAGCUUCUAGCAACUCCAUAUGGUCAAGAUGCAUUCAGGGAGUUUCUAAAAUCUGAGUUCAGUGAUGAAAACAUUGAAUUCUGGCUGGCUUGUGAGGACUAUAAGAAAACCCAAGCUGAUCACUUACAUAGCAAAGCAGAGAAGAUUUACAAGGAAUUUGUUCAAUCUAAUGCCAUCAAACAAGUCAACAUUGACUUUCACACGAGGAAGGACAUAGCUAAGGAGGCUCAAGAUCCAACACCUUCAAGCUUCAAUGAGGCCCAAAGACUUGUUUUUGUAUUGAUGGAGAGAGAUUCAUAUCCAAGAUUCCUCAAAUCCAGAUUCUACCGUAACCUGCUCAGUAAGGUUGAAUACAACAGUCUCAAAUGAAGACCCUGGAGAAAGCCAUGGCUGGGCUAUGAAGAUUUUUUUACACUGAAAGCAGUUUGUGUAUAGCGAAAAUAAUACACAAAAUUGGACAGUUGAAGCUGGGAAUAAAAGGAGAAGUUGGAACUGGCAAUGUCAGGGCUCUUCCACAUGAGCUCUGCGGACAAGUCAAGGGUGCCCAGGGAAAUUUCUUCCAAGAAGUAGUACAUGGAAGAAAGACUCUAUUCCCUUAGCACCAUUAAGCUAAAGACUGUUUCUUAUGUUAUUGUAUCAUUUCUCCAGUUUAAUGGGGGGGGGCAUGGUGCAUCUACCCAUAUUCUUGCUUUUGAGCCAUGUUGUUCAUGUCACAGUUAUGUCAGUCAUUAGUUCCUUAUUACUUUAUAGCUUAUAGCUAAGUGUACAAACUGACUCCCUUGGAAAGCAUUGCUGAUGAAAUCUGUUUUUGUUUAAGAGGCUAUGUGCAAAUCCCAACUGCAAAGCAUGGGAAGAUAGCAUCACCUCAUAGCACUUCCGUUUGUUCUGUCUGACCACAAGAUAUAUGACCUUUGCCUGUUUUUUUGUGCGCUGACAUUGAAGACAAUUUGCUUCUCUAGAAAGACAAGAGUGUAUGGCUUGACCCUGAACUGCAGACAUGAUACGUUCAUCUUUCCACUUUCCAUCUUCUGGAGAAGCAGGGUUUUGCUGUGGUUUUGCUCAUGAGGUUUUGCUCAUUUCCACUGGGCCCUGCUGCUUUUUGAAAGAAAUUAGAGGAAGUCAAAUUGUGACAUAUCAGGUUCUUCUAUCUGGUAUAACUCUUUGAUUUUUGGUGUCUGAUGAAAAGCUCAUUGGCUCCAAUCAAUGUGGACAAGUUUCCUUGACGGGUGGUAAAUUUCACCUUUACCAGGUUCAACUUGUCCAUGUGCUAGUGUGCUUACAAGAGAAUUGGAUGGAUCCAAGUUUCUAGUUGGUAAAUUUACUCCAUAACAAGAGACAUAACCAAUCCUUCAAACUGAUCAUGGCUUUGUUCCUAAGUGAAGCUAGUCACAGAAGAAAGAUUUUCCUGUUCACUUUCAUUACUUGUAAAACUUCUUAAUCUAGCUUAUUUUACAAUCCAAAAUAAUAUGUUUAGGAAUUAAAACUAUUGACCAAAACAGCCAUUAUGGCACCAAGUGUAAAUCCAUCUGAUUUAUGAUGCAUUCAGGAAUGUGUGACUUCAGAAUACUCAGUGUUGUAUGUUUCUUUGAAUUCCAAUAGAUUGGUAUCCUAUAGAUGUAAGCUAGUGUGUGAAUGAUAUAAUUUUAGCCGUUGAUAUGUCAUACAGUAAUAUUUAAUUUAUUGCAAAUUGUAAAUUAAUUGCAAAAGACAACAAAAUUACAACUAUUUCACAAAUUUAAUGUGUUUUGGUGACUA